AUGCAGGUGUGUCAUUUCCAGCACCUCUUGCGGCAAUUCGACAAGAACGAGCCGGGUCGAUUUCUCGGGGAGGGGGUGUCUUUUCGCGCCAAAUUAAUAGGCGUGCUAGAGGUUCCUGAAGCGAGGGGUGACAGAAUGUGCCAGGAGGCGUUGGCUGAUCUCAAGAUGGCGAUAAGAGCGGCCGGGGAGCACAAGCAGAGGAUACAGGUUCACGUCGCGAUUGAUGGCCUGAGGUUACGAGAUGAUAAGACUGGGGACUCCCUUUACCACCAUCCGGUGCAUAAGAUCUCAUUUAUUGCCCAAGAUAUGACGGAUUCGAGGGCGUUCGGAUACAUAUUCGGCUCACCGGACACUGGGCACCGUUUCUUCGGUAUCAAGACUGAUAAGGCUGCUAGUCAAGUAGUUAUUGCAAUGAGGGACCUUUUCCAAGUAGUUUUUGAAUUAAAGAAGAAAGAAAUUGAAAUGGCAAAACAACAGCUUGAAGAAAAGACGGUGCCGACGAGCAUUUUGAGGCAGGUCACCGUCUCUGUGGAGACCAAGUCCAAGGCUGUAACCGCUGGAGAAAGUGCUUUCACUAAACCGUUAGAGGGCGCUGAAGGUGGCGUUGCAGAACUCGUGGACUUAGAACAGGAAUUAUGUUCGCUGCGACGGGGCCUCACGCAAGUGGAGGGUUUGACCCCCCCUUCGGACCCCUUUGGAGACUCCUUUACUUCACCACCACAGAAAGGCUUAUUACCACCACCACCAGGCAUCGGUCGCGGCCGUACUACUCCGGGGCGAAGCACCGCCAGCCCCAAUAAGCCUCCACUACCGUUUGACAUUCCAUCCGUGGCACCAGCGGUGGGCCCAUCAACAGGACCAGAGUUUGACGCUAAUCCCUCACUCGUCGACAAUACGCAUGAACCACAGGUGAGCGGUUCGUCCGCCAGCGGUCCCACAGCGCCGUACGACGUAUUCACCGAACUAGACCCGCUCGGUACCGGCCGGAGUAAACCUUACGUUGACAAAAAACUCUUCUUUCAGGAGCUCAAAAACCCACCAAAGAAAGUACUCAAAGAUCUCGUCCCCACGACGCAUUCGAUAUUAAACGAUAGCAUUUUAUCGGUGACCGAAUCGCAAACGGACACCUACGGUCCUCCCACCACUAUGACCUCGCUGUCGCGACAUUCCGGCGGGUCCGUGGCCAUAGCGAAAGCCAAUCAGGGCCCGGCCUAUUCUGGAUUCUUUCCCAGCGAUCCGUUCGCCGAAACGGAUCCGUUCGAUAAUACCGACCCGUUCUCGGAUACGUUCAAGGACGACCCGUUCACAAGUAUGCAAGAGUUUCCGAAAUCGACUUUUCUGAGAGCCGAGGAUCUUAAGAGCAAAUUGAGCAAGGAGCCACUCGACAAACCAGAAGUUGGCUUGGAGAAUGGGAAGAAUGUCUUUAAUGGCCCGCUGCAGGUCUCACUGCCUCCGGAACCCGUACCAAAAUCGCCAAGACUUCACAGGCAGAUGACAGAUACGAGUACGAUUCGCCAGCGUCCACAGCCCAGUUCGAAGCAACAGCCAGAUAACGCGUCUCCACCGCCCCCACUACCUCCAAAGAAGGUUUCCGAACCGGGUUUACCACCACCUCGACCACCACAUGAGUACGAACCGGAUGUAGAUGUUUCGGAAACCGGUCCGCCCUUGCCGAAGCCAGCUCGAAAAAAGGAGCCUAUAGCGGACCGCAGUAUGAAGCCCCGUAUGUCCUCCCUGACGACGAAUAGCAGCGAAGACGAAUACUUGGCGCCGGCGCCGCCUCCACUGCCGGCAGCUAAGCGUUUCGAUAUCACACUAAGUCAACUACUCACACUCACUAUGGACGAACUCAGCGUCAGAUUACGAGUUCCAGCAGCAACUCUGUCAUCUAUGACACUACCGCAACUGACUGACUAUCUUCGCUCCUAUCUAGCUGCUGACGUUGAAAGAGCGCACAUCCAUAUUGAGCCAUCUACAAAUAAAGAUAAAGAAAUGCCUACAACUGUUCUACCAGCGACAUCGAUUCCUGAAAAAUCUAGUCCCUUACCCAAACUUGUAAGCGAUUUUAAACCACAAUUUGAAGAUAAUUUCGCACCCACCGAUACAGCAGAAACAUUUGUAGCCGAUUUCGAGGACUUCGAUAAGAAAGCUAACCCUUCGUACGAUAGAUAUGCAGCAUUCAGAGAAAUACAGGAACAGGAAUUAAAAGCGAAAUCAAUAUUGGACCCGAUCGAGCACGCGCCGAAAGAAGACGACAAAGAAUUGACACACAUUCAAGAGCUGCUAAAGACCGAUGAUAAAAAAGACCUAAGAGAAUUAGACAAGAGCCCAUUAAAAUCGCUCGAUGAAUUGACUUUGGACUCAUUCAAUAUGUUUAGAAACUCGGUUAGUCCUAAACCAGUUGACGCUAAGAUAGAAGACAUUAAGACUGUUAUGAAGAAUUUACAAUUGGAAAAGGUGAGACGAAGUGUCUCACCACGGGAGAACGUCGUUGAGAAACAAGACGAGAUUGAUAAAUACGCAGCGCUACGAGAAAUAACAAUAACAGAACCGCAAGAAGACUUUGAGUCGAUCCCGCCCGAAGUAACUAAAGAGAGGAAGAAAUCUGAUGAAAAAUCUGACGGUUUCGACAAUUCGGAUUUCUUCGACUGUAUAGAUAAUAGUUCACUGUCAUUCACGCAUGUGGAGGAUGCAUUUAGAAAGAGUCCGGCAGUGAAAGAGAGAGAGGUCGAGAAGAAAGUGGAGGUGAAGAGUGAAGCUGCGAUAGAUAUAUUACCUGUUAAUUUGCAGCCACCUGAGAGACUUUCAGCCGGGUCUAUUAGCGAUGUGGCGAGUGGGUCGUCGCCUGAUACCAAAGAACGGUGUGUCGGAGUGGGUGGUGGUGGGAGUGGGUUGCGGCGUCUCGCUUGGACAGAGGGCUGGUCUUCUGACUCACGAGAUUCAGAACCCAGGAGUAGGCGAAGGAGAACGCACAGAGGGCAUACAGUGCAAACAUCAUCGUCAUCGCGAGACGCGUCCCCGUGGGAGGAGGAGAGGACUAUUCCAAGGCACACGAUACGUCGCGAUAGGGAAUCACGACACAACUCGUCAGGGUCGCGUGAAUGUCUCGACUCGGGUAGUGGAAGAGAGAAAGAGAAAGUAAGAGAUAAGCGAGACAGAGAUCUGAGUAGGGAUAGACGGGAUUCAGGCAGUGGGCGUGACCGGAGAGAUUUGAGUAGGGAGAAGCGGGAGAGACGGAGUAGGGAACGAGACGAGUGGGAGCGAGAUAGAACAUACCGCGAGAGGGAAUACAGGGAUUCGCGGAGUCGGGAGCGAUCUAAGGACUACAGAGAAAUGGAGAGGCAUAGGAAAGCUAGACAUUCUUACGACGACGAAGAUUACAGUGACGGUUGCGGCUCAGGCAGGUCGUCUCCCAGGGACCGGUGGCCAGAACAGAGAUGGAGGAGAGAUGAAAGGAAUUACGGAUCGCUGGGCUGGCGAGAAACAAGACGCCGCAAUGAGUUGAGGCAGACCGAAGAUCCUAGUGAAAGAAGAUACGGAUCAACGCUAGGAUGGCCGGGGCGUCGUUCAACUGCUAGCAGCCGACGAGAAUCAGAUCGAGAUCUUCGGGAUAUAGGAAGGGAACACAGAGACUCGCGCGAGCACCGCGAUUCGGGACGAGACUCUGGGCGGGACUCGAGAGACCCGCGGGAUUCUGGGAGAGACUCCGGUCGAGACUCGAGAGACCCACGGGAUUCUGGGAGAGACUCGGGUCGCGACUCGAUUCAAAACUCCAGAGAUCCAAGACGGCGAAGGCGGGAGGAGUCUAAAGCGCGCCCUAACUAUCGGUUCUCGAACGAUUUCUCACCUCGAGAGAAAGAACACUCACCGUUCGAUAACGAUUUCCAAGAGACACCAGCCGCUGCUGUUAAGAAACGAGCGCCCUAUUCCAGCUUAGAGGGAACCAGGUUCGCAUUCGAAGAGGACACUACCGCCUCCCCUGUGUCCGGUAGUUCAGCGCGCGCGCGGGACGGCGAUUCACCGGCCGCUCGUUUCCGCUUCGAUUCCGACUCUAUUUCCCCCCGGUCCAUGUUCGAAGAUGACUUCACGCUCCCACCAAACCCUGCACCGCCACGCCCCCGCACAGCGUCCAUCGCGGAGGAAGAGGAGGGCGACCUACCGCCUCUCAGAGCUAAACCGCCCCCUCACAGGGAUAUAAAGAAAUCAGACUCGGUCAACAUCUUCACCCGGGAGUCAGACCCAUUUGAGGGAGACGCCUUCUUCGCGUGUACCGGUUCAGAUAGAGUUGCGAAGAGAGAGAACUGGCCGGGAGACUUUGUAGCCUUCGAGGAUAUAUGA